AUGGGAAUUCCACGACCACAGGAGCAUUGGGGGGAUGCUCCCCAGACGAAUACAACCAAACCAUCGCCAUUCCUCAAAUUACCUUUGGAGCUUCGUCUCAUGAUCUACGAAUAUGCGCUGGUCGUUCCCAACGAAUUCACGGAUCGUCCGAUGAUCGUGAUUAACGACCGCGGGAACGUCUUCACGGCACGCGGCCGAUACCGAGCUCUCUCAAUGUGUCCCAGCUGGGUAGGUGAGAACGGUCGAGUUCGCAACCUACUCUCCGUGAACCGGCAAAUUCACGACGAGGUUGAGGACUUUGUGUAUUCGCAGAACACUCUCUUCUUCCUGAACUCGUUCAAUCUUGACCGUCUGGGCACCUUCUUGGACACCAUCAGUGCCACGGCGCGCAAGCGCAUUCGCAGCGUCGGGUUCGAGAUCUUCUUCUUCGUCCACUCGCAAACCGGCGUGCCGAAGCGGACCUUGAAGGAGUAUAAAGCAGCCGCCCGCAUGCUGAUGGAGAAGCUGCCAAAUUGGACAAGUACCAUGUUUUACUUGGAUCCUCGCUUCUACUUCCCUUCUGCUGCGGUAGGGAAUUUGGAAUCGUCGGCUCGGGGAAUUUGGUAUCUGGCGACGAUUUUUGGAGCUUUGCACAAAGAUCUCCAUUUCUUUCCACUACCGUCGAUGCAUCGACAUGUUAUGGACGAUGCAAAGAAAUCGCUUCAGGCUGAGACGCGGGCGUCACAGACGAAGCUCGCUAUCGCAUAG